AUGGAUGAUCUCGCGAGCGUGCUUGCCGCUGCGGGCCUCAAGUCGCAAGGCAAGCACACGCCGAUGGUGCCGAAGCGACCCCCAGGGGGAGGCAUGGGCGGAGGCAUGGGCGGAGGCAUGGGGGGAGGGAUGGGAGGAGGCGGAGCACCCAGCUGGGGGGUCGGCGGCGCAGGAAUCGGGGGAGGCCAGAUGGGCGGAAGCGGUGUGAGUUCCGGACUGGGGGGAGGCACGGGGGGAGGGAUGGGUCGAGGGGUGGGCGGGGGUAUGGGGGGGAGUUCGGGAAGUAUGGGAAAUCUAGGAGGUAUGGGGAAUUUAGGAGGUAUGGGAAACUUGGGGGGUAUGGGUAAUCUGGGAGGCAUGGGAAAUCUAGGAGGUGGGAUGAACAAACCUGCUGCCGGUAUGGGUGGUGGCAUGGGUGGCGGCGGAAGUGGCAGCAUGGGUAGCGGCAUGGGUGGUGGCAUGGGCGGCGGCAUGGGCGGCGGCAUGGGUUCUUUUGGAAAAGGCAUGGCUGGCAGCGGCAGCAGCGGCGGGAGUCGCGGCGCGAGUACCGGCCUUUCCAACAAUGCGUUCGCGGGGUUGGGAGUGGCGGAUUUCGGGCUGGGAGGCGGAAGCGGAGCGGGGAGCAAGAGCGGCGCGGGCGCAAGCUCGUCGAGUCGCGGCCAGACCCCCACGAGAUCCGGACAUUCCGGCAGAUCGUCGCCGUCCGUUACCGAGGAUCUCUCAUCAGGAUCUACCGGCGGCGGCGGCGGCGGCGGCGGGGGGGUGGCUGCGACAGCGUCGGCGUUUGACGAGCUGUUGAGCCAGGGAUUCGAGAUGCCGCCUUCGUCGUCGUCUGCGACGUCGUCGGCGAAAGAGCGGCGCGAUCCGUCGCCGGUGCCUCCUGCUCACGCGGACGACGACCUUCUGGCGGGAUUCGGUUCCGCCAAGCCCACGAGCACCGCUGGGGGACUAUUCCCUGAAGAGGGAGGCCCCUCGCCCAUGCCCUCGCACUCCUCCUCCUCCGCUGCGCCUGCUGCUGCUGCUGCUGACCCGUUUGGAGUUGACCCGUUAUUUGGUACAGCCGCCCCUGCCUCUGCUGCUGCUGCUGCUGCUGUUCCCGAUCCUUUUGAUGCGUUUGCCAUGCCUACUGCUGGAAGCGGUUCUGGAGGCUCGGGAUUAGGUAUGGAUGGAGGAGUUCCGACACAGGGCAGCGGUUUGGGAGACCAGGCGUCAGGUCCGGAUAUCGGUCUGGGUGACUUUGAGACGUUCGUGCAGCAGGUUCCCGUACCUGAGGUUAUCCUUCAAACCAACCCCAGCAGCACCCCUCCUCCGCCCUCCCGCCCACCCCCUGCAACACCCCGCCGCCCCCGCUCCAGUGCACCCUCUUAUGCUGCUGCUGGUGGUGCUAGUGGUGGUGGUGGUGAUGGUCCCAUGCCCAGGAAAAUGAGCUUUGAGAAUGCUGGGGAGGGAGGGGCAGCAGGGGCAGGCGCGCGCGGGUCAGGCGGGAGAGGGGGAGGGGAGGACGCAGGAGGGAGACGGCAGCAAUCGGAGCAGAGAGGGGGAGGAGGUGGUUUGGACGGGUUUGAUGAGUUUGCUGCUGGUGGCGGUGGGAGGGGAGGGGAGGAGGAGGAGGAGAGGGGGGCCCCGCCUAGGAGGCGGAGGGCGGCCAAUGGGGAGGUGCCAGGUGGCGGGUAUGCGCCGCCGUCGGAUUCGGCGUCAGCAGCGGCGGCAUCGUCUGCUGCAAUGAAAGAUGCUAUGGAGAGCGCACAGAGGAAGGCUGAUGCUGCCCGGGCGGCCAGAGAGAAGGAGAGGGAGCGGGAGAGGGAGAAGGAGAGGGAGAGGGAGAGGGAGAGGGAGCGGGAGGAGAGGGAGAGGGAAAGGCAGAGGCAGAGGGAGAGCGAGAAGCAGCGGGAGAAGGAGAGGGAGGCGGCGAGGCAGCAGCAGCAGCGAGCGCAAGAAGCCAAGAGCAGAGCCUCGCAACCAGCGCCGCCAAAGCAGCAGCCUUCUUCAGCCGACGAUUGGGCCGACAUUCUCGGUGCGUUCCUCUCAUUCUCGGUCCGUUCCCAUCAUCCUGUUCUUCCGUCUUUUGGGACGUCUCAAAAGCCAACAAUUGGGCUGACAUUCUCUGUGUGUUGCUCUCAUUCUUGGUUCGUUUCCAUCGUCCCGUUCUUCCCUCUUCCGCCCUCUCUUCCCCUCCCCAUAUCCCCCUCCCCCACUUCCCCCACCCCCCCCCCCUCCCUCUUCUCCUUUCCCUCUCUUGCUUUUCCUCUCGUCAUGUCCCUCUCUUUCCCUCUCGUCACUUCUCAUAAUUUCCGUUUCUCUCUCUUCCUUUCGCCUUUUUCUCGCUCCUUCUGUCCCUCCCCUUCCCUUCCUCUCCUCCUCUCCCUCUGCUUCUUCUCACAGCUUCUAUUUCCACUUCACCAUCAAAAUCCGCAUGUCCCGAUCAUGCGCCUCAAAAGCUAUUCCCACCUCUCCGUCACGACCAACUCUUCUCUUGUUCCCUUUCAAUCCCAUUCUCAAACCCCAUCCUCCCCCUUCCUCUUCCAUCUCCCUACCUCUGCCCCAACUCCAACUCAUCCGUCCACCCUCACGCUUCCCCUUCUCAUGAGCACCACAGGGGGAGGCGGGGGAGGGGGAGGAGGCGGCGGAGGGGGAGGAGGCGCGCGGGCAGGGGGAGGGAGUCGGCUGGACGAGUUUCAGGAGGUGGAGGGGGAGAGUGAGGAGCGGCGGCAGUUGCGGUACGAGCGGUUUCAACGCCUGCAGGAGAGAGCGGUGAGUGCGGUGGGGGGGGGGGGAGGAGUUGGAGGAGGGAUGGGGGGGCCGCCAGGAAGGGCGCUGGGGGAGGGCGUUGGGAAGGGAGCUGGGGGGUUUGGGGGGGGUCACUGGGAGGGGCAGGGGGAAAGAGUUUCAGGAGGGAGGGGCGGGUGGGGCGCAGGGAGGGGUGGGUGGGGCUCAGGGAGGGGCGGGUGGGGCGCAGGGAGGGGUGGGUGGGGCGCAGGGAGGGGCGUUAUGAUGGGUGGUCGUGAGAGAGUGGUGAGUGGCGGUCGCUUGGAGGGGAGGGGCACAAGCAGGGACGCAGGGUGGCACGAGCGCAGGGAGGGGCGCAGGGAGGGGCGCAGGGAGGGACAGGGGCGCAGGGAUAGGAGCUCCGGAGAGGCCACACUUCUCCAUACCUCCCAGCUCCCCCUUCCCCCGCUCAGCCUUCCUCCCGCCCGUCUUUUCCUUAUGGUUUCCCUCGCUCUCGUCGCCCCUCAUGCUCUCGUCCUUGCAUUCUCCAACUUGAGCCUUUCUCCUCGCCCGCGCCUACCGUCCCUUGUUCUUGUUCCAUCCCUCCACCUCGUCCGCCCUUUUUCAACCCUCACUCCCGCAGCAGCGCUGGAUGAGAAGAAGAAGCGAGACAUGGACGUGCUCAAGGAGCAGGAGGACCGACACAAAGCGGGCGAGAUGCUGGAUAUUGAGAUCAAGCGGUGGGCGGCGGGCAAGGAGGGCAAUCUGCGCGCGCUGCUCUCCACACUGCAGUUCGUACUCUGGCCGGAGUGCAAGUGGGAGCCUGUGGCGCUCACAGACAUCAUCAGUGCGGCAGCAGUGAAGAAGUCGUACCGCAAGGCAGCACUGUGUGUGCAUCCGGACAAGGUGCAGCAGAAGGGCGCCACAGUGCAGCAAAAGUACAUUGCUGAGAAGGUGUUCGACCUGCUCAAGGAGGCGUUCAACAAGUUCAACUCUGAGGAGCUGUUCUAA